UUUAGAAAUUUCAGGCUUGGAAGAGAAAUGUAUAAAAUCAGAGGGUGAAAAAAUACACAAAAUAUGUUAAUCUUCUCACAGAAAGCAUUGUCUUGGAUUCUUUCUUGCUUUUUUAUUCUUGAUGAGCUGUUUCGUAUGGAAUCUAUUAGUUUAGGAAAAUAGAGAUCUGAGUUGAACUGUUAGGAAUGUGAUUUUGUAGCCUUUGAAUUAAAAAGUGGAUAGAGCAGAUUUGCUCACUGGUAUCUAGACUGUAAGCUACGUGGGACACAGACUCUGUUUUUUGUGUUCAUUAGUGUAAGCUCAGCUCCUAGUGUCAUGCCUGGCAUGUAGUGGGCACUCAGUAAAUAUUUGUUGAAUAAAUGAUUUAAAAUUUAAGUAAUUUUAAAUUUAUCAUAUUUAGAGCGACACCUACUGGUGCAACUUGAGACUGCUACCUAGUACCAUUUUCAUUAUACACAAUUCUGUGAGAUACAAGACUUCGAAGUGUGUCCAUCCAUGGGGACAGUAAUUUCGUAACUGUACAUCUGUCUGGUAUUUAAAAUGAAGUAAGUGGAUUUCUGUUCUUUAAUUGGAAUUACACAUUCUUUCAUUAACAUGGUGAAACAACAAGGAAUUUAAGCCUCAGAGUUCUUGGAACACCUGUAAAUUGGUGUUCAUUUAGAUGUGAGAAUGAUCAGGCUACUGAAGGCCUUCAGAAUCCUAGGAGAGAAAGAGUAUCUAGAAAACAGUGGAACAUUUAACUUGAUAAAUUCAUUUUUGGUCUUCAGGUAUUUGAGUGCUUUCCUAGAUAUAAUAAUUAUAUACACAGAAAAGCCAAAUGAAAACUUUAAAACAGAAAUGUAACAGAAGCAAAUAAACAAAGCUCAGUGGACUCAAUAGCGGAAUGAAUGGGACAGAGGAAAGAGUCGGUGACCUUGAAGAUAGUACAACAGAAACUGUCUGGUUUGCAUUGAGGGAAAAGAAACUGGAGAGAAAAAAUGAGUAACAGUGGCUGAGGAUCCCGUGAAAUUAAAUCAGAAAAAGUAAAGAAUUGUGUCAGUGUGGUGAUAAAAAGUUUCCAAAGAAGUAAUAGCUGGAGAUAAACCUAGAAACUCAAGAACUGAAUGAACCUGAGAUCAGUUAGCCAAACAGACUCAUCCCAAGAUUCAACACAGUCAAAUUUCUGAAAACUAAACAUACAGAAUACUGAAGGCAGUGUUAAGAGGAACAACACUUAGUGUAUAGGCGAAACCAGUUCAAAUGAAAGUGGAUUUUUUUCCAUUGGAAACCAAGGAGUUCAGAAGAAUGUGAUGCACGUAUUUUAAAUUCUGAAACUAAUUUUAAUCCAGAAUUCUGUGUCUUGAAAAAUUGUCCUUCAGGAAUGAAGUGAAAACCAAGACAUUCUCAGAUGCCACUGCUAAGCCUACUCUAAAAGAAUAGCUAAAGUAAGUUUUCUAAAUAGAAGAUGAUAAAAGCAGGAAUCUUGGGGGUCAGAGGACAACUGACAGCCCUCUAUUCAGACUGACCAAAAACAGAGAGAGAGAGAGAGAGAGAGAGAGAGAAGAUAAAUUGGUAUCCUUAAGGUUGAAACACGGUCAGAUCGUGCAGCCACUAAAAGGAUAGUGGAUGAGUCAUCACCCGCUGUCUGCAGCGGUGUGUGUUAAUCACAGGAAGCAGUUUCAGAAGCAGAGUAGCUGGAAGUCAAACUAAGUACUCUGGUGUGGAUACUGGGCUGCUAGGCAGCAACCUAUGGUCUAGUAGUUUUUAUUUUAAUUCUUUUUUUGUUUUUUAUUAUUUUAUGACACAGUUCUGUAAGCUCUGGGAUUACCCAUCCCCUUUCCUAACCUCCCUCUCCCACCCAUGAUUUCCCCUCUAGUAUUACAAUGGGUGAUCCUUCAUGAGAAGUCCUAAGUCCAUCCUGCUGCUAUUGAAGUAUUUCCCAAUACUGUAGGCAGGGACAAUGUCAGAGAGUCCAGCAUCCUACUGUCAGGAUAUCUUCAACUGUUUCACUGGGGUCCGUCUUUGGUCUGGAUGCAGAGACUUUGUCUCCACAUGGUCCCGUUGUUUUUGAUGUUGCUUGUAUGCUUUUCCAAUAAGACUUCAGGUUCCUUCAAUGACCAAGCAUACUUGUUGAAGAAUCUUGAAGGGGACAGAAAUAGGUAACAUGUGUUACUUGUAAUGGACACGAGGACUGAACAGACCUUCAUUUUAAAAGGUCUAAGGAAAAGCAGCGAGUACAGCAGGAACAGAAAGACCAUCAUCCCCCGCUGCGUGCCCAACAUGGUGUGUCUGCACAAGUACAUCAUCUCGGAGGACUCGGUGUUUCUGCUGCUGCAGCAUGCGGAAGGUGGCAAACUCUGGUCCUAUGUUAGUAAGUUUCUAAACAGAAGCCCUGAAGAGAGCCUUGAGAUCAAAGGACUGAAAAAAUCUGCACUCACUAAAGUCCACUUGCAGCAGCCAGCUGCUGGUCCGCAGGAGAGCAGCAGCCUUGACUCGAGAGGAAGUGAUGGUAGCAGUGUGCUUAAAGCCCUUCCUUUGAAGAGCAGCCUCACUCCAAGUUCUCAGGACGAUAGCAACCAGGAGGAUGAGGGCCAAGAUAGCUCUCCCAAGUGGCCUGACUCCGGUUCCAGUUCCGAAGAGGAAUGCACCACGAGCUAUUUAACUUUAUGCAAUGAAUAUGGGCAAGAGAAGAUUGAACCGGGGUCUCUGAGUGAGGAGCCCUUCAUGAAGACAGACGGGAGCGGUGUGGACACCAAAGCUGUCAGGAGUUUCCCAGCCCACCGGGAGGCUGGCAGGGACAGCCUCAGCACACAGCUGAUGACUCAUGAGCUCAAGUCCCACCCUGGGGAUGAAGACCCGGAGGCAGGCAGUCCUGCAGGAACGUCUGAUUCUCUCAGUAGAUCGAAAAAUAGCCCCAUGGAGUUCUUUAGGAUAGAUAGCAAGGACAGCGCAAGUGAACUCCUGGGACUCGAUUUUGGAGAAAAAUUGUAUAGUCUAAAAUCAGAACCUUUGAAACCAUUCUUUGCUCUUCCGGAGGGCAACAGCACUUCCAGGAGUUUUGAGACUAGUGAGAACAAGGUUGGGUUCGAAGCUCAGGACACCGUUAGCAGGGGCUCAGACGACUCGGUGCCUGUGAUUUCGUUUCAAGAUGUUGCUUUUGAUGCCAUCAGUGGCCCCGACGAAGGCAGGCCUGAUCUUCUCGUGAAUCUGCCUGGUGAGCUGGAGGCAACAAAAGCAGCCGCAGCCCUGGGACCUACUCCAUUUCCACAGACUGCUCCAGGCAUCCUGGAAAGCAAACUGUUGGAAGCCCCCGAUGUUUUGUGCCUGAGACUGAGUUCCGAGCAAUGCCAAGCACAUGAAGGACGAGGCACAGAGGAGUGGAGUGAGCCCCAGAGUAGAACAGAGAGACAUUACACACAGGAGGAUCUCGGGAGCUUAUUUGUCACGACUGUUGAUCAGAGCAGUCCGGGAGACCUGGCUUGGUUACAGAGCACAGGGUCGGAGCUUCAAGAUCUUGGAGGGCCAGAGCCGGCCACUGCCCCAGACACCACAGAAGAGAACUUAUUCCAUAUUUCUAACUCACUCUCAGGUGCUAAUGACUACGAUACAAACACAGACACUUUAAAAACAGAAGAAGUGUUGCUAUUUUCAGAUCAGACUGAUGAUUUGGCUAAAGAAGAAGCUACUGCUUUAUUCCAGAAAGAUUCCAAGGUUAAGGGAGAAAGUGGGGUUGCACUAGACGGAGACAAGGAAAUACAUCAGAUUUUUGAGGACCUUGAUAAAAAAUUAGCACUAAACUCCAGGUUUUAUAUCCCAGAGGGCUGCAUUCAGAGAUGGGCAGCUGAAAUGGUGGUAGCCCUUGAUGCUUUACAUAGAGAGGGAAUUGUGUGCCGCGAUUUGAACCCAAACAACAUCUUAUUGAAUGAUAGAGGACACAUUCAGCUAACGUAUUUUAGCAGGUGGAGUGAGGUUGAAGAUUCCUGUGACAGCGAUGCCAUAGAGAGAAUGUACUGUGCCCCAGAGGUUGGAGCAAUCACGGAAGAAACGGAAGCCUGUGAUUGGUGGAGUUUGGGUGCUGUCCUCUUUGAACUUCUCACUGGCAAGACUCUGGUAGAGUGCCAUCCAGCAGGAAUAAACACGCAUACUACCUUGAACAUGCCAGAAUGUGUUUCUGAAGAGGCUCGCUCACUCAUUCAACAGCUCUUGCAGUUCAACCCUCUGGAGCGUCUUGGUGCUGGAGUUGCUGGUGUUGAAGACAUCAAAUCACAUCCAUUUUUUACCCCUGUGGAUUGGGCAGAACUGAUGAGAUGAACACAUAACAAGGUCAUUUACACCCAUGCUGAUCUUCGUGUGACAGGCACAGUCACUAUGGAGCACCAAAACCUCUGGAUAAAGACCUUGGAGGAAAUGGAUGGAAGGACUAAGAGAGAUUCAUUUACAGUUUCCGUCUGGAGAACAUAUUAGCUAAUUUCACCAGAAGCUGUUCUGUACACACCUGCAACGGAGGAGGUGUAAUUUCACUGUAAUCUGUAUUUGGUGUCACAGCUGAGUUGUAAAUCCAGCAUAAGGACCAGUAUCCUUCUAGAAGUUCCUCGGAUCGGAAGCUCUGAGUACAGAGUUAAGGUUUACUUGAAAGAAGGACCUCUACAUGGCAGCUAACAUGGCAGCUGAUCAAGUUAAUUACGGUAAUCAACACACUAAGAGUGCUUCAUUAAUGAAAUAAUUUAUGGGACUUAAAAAAGUGAGACAAAAGGAUGUCCACAUAAUACCUGGACAGAAACGCGUACCAUGAGGCUGUGUAGCUAACGUGGUCUGGAUGAUUUCUGGGAGAAGACAACACCGUGUGUUCCCAGCUUUUUGCUGUGUUGACUGAUGCUUGCUUAUUCAGAGAAAGGCUCAUAUAAACACUGUUGUCUUCCUCUUCCACCUCAUCUUUUCUUUUCCUAUCUUACUAAUUUAUGUUCUUCAGACUUCUGCUAACACACAUGCAACAAAAAAGGGAAGGCAGUAUUUAUUUCUCCAAACUGUAUCAACUUAAUAGGAAUAAGAAAUCAUGAUGUAAAAUAAACAUGGAAAAUAUAUGGCUCUCUCAUUCAUUAAAUAGUAUAAGAUUUUUAUUUUUAGUGUUAAUUAUUGUUCUUACUUCUUAAAGUUCUCUCUUUUAUCUUGCUUUUAGAUUGUUGGUCUCAAUUGCCUCUUGUGCUUGACUGCAUUUUGCUUGUGAGCUUUGUAUCCCAAGAACCAAAUGAUAUCAACUAAAUGCAGCUGAAUGGCAGUACCAUUUUUUGAUUUACAGGGAUGAGAUUCCUGGUUUUGAACUCCUGAUUUACUUGACAUUUUUCUUAGGGGGAAUGAGUAGUCAUACAUCUCCAAACAUUUGUAUUUGCUAUUUCUUUGUUGCUAAAGAAAUUACAAGAACUUGUAAAAUA